AUGGGACUGGCCUUGGGGCUGGCUGUCGGGCUUGCCGUCGGGCAGGCCUUUCUGCUGGCGGUCGGGCUGGCCGUCGGACUGGUCGCGGGGCUGGCAGUCGGGUUGGCCGUGGGGCAGGCUGAGGGACUGGUCGUGGGGCUGGCAGUCGGGCUGGCCGAGGGGCUGUCGGUCGGGCUGGCUGCGGGGCUGGCCGUGAGGCUGGUCGUGGGGUUGAAAGUCGGGCUGGCCGUCGGGCUGGCCGUAGGCCUGGUCGUGGGGGAGGCCGUGGGGCUGGUCGUGGGGCUGGAAGUCGGGCUGGCCGUGGAACUGGCCGUGGGGUUGGCAGUCGGACUGGCCGUGGGGCUGGUCGUGGAGCUGGCACUCGGGCUGGCCGCGGGGCUGGCCGUGGGGCUGGCAGCCGGGCACGCCCUGGAUCUGGCCGCAGGGCUGGCCGCGGGGCUGGCAGUCGGGCUGGCCCCGGGACUGGCCGUCGGGCUGGCCGUCCGGCUGGCCGUGAGGGUGGCCAGGCUGGCCGUCUGGCUGGCGGCGGGGCUGGCAAUCGGGCUGGCCGUCGGGCUGGCUGUGGGGCUGGCCGUGGGGCUGGCCGUGGGGAUGGCAGUCGGGCUGGCAGCAGCGGGGCUGGCAGUCGGGCUGGCCGCGGGGCUGGUCGCCAGGCUGGCCGUGGGGCUGGCCGUUGGGCUGGCCGUCGGACUGGCCGUGGGGCUGGCAGUCGGGCUGGCCUUUGGGCUGGCCGUGGGGCUGCCAGUCGUGUUGGCCGUGGGGCUGACCGUGGCUGUCGGGCUGGCCUCGGAGCUGGCCGUCGGGCUAGCCGUCUGGCUGGCCGUGGGGCUGGCAGUCGGGCUGGCCGCGGGGCUGGUCGCCAGACUGGCCGCGGGGCUGGCCGUUGGGCUGGCCGUCGGACCGGCCGUGGG